AUGACCACUUUACGUGAAUUAAUUUUGACUCGUACGAGGCAGCGGAAUGAGCUGUUGUGUAUUCUUCUCGAUUUCUCAUACAGUGAUCAGCCCGAAGUUCGAAAACAGAGUAUUGAAACAGCAAAGGAAUUGUAUCAGAUUGACUAUGUCAGGGAAGAUGUUCGCGAUUAUUUAUUUUGUGCGAUUGAGUAUUGUUUGCGCCCAACGCCUCCGCCGCAGAUCUGUUGUUACAAAAAAGAAGGUCCGGCAGCGCAGUGGAAUGAUGCGACAAUCCGAACUGCGUUGGGCUUAUUUGUGGCUAUUCUUCCCCUCGACCAUUCGCUAAUACACACGCUUGCUUCUCUUUAUGUGAAAUCAACGAAUGAAAUGAAGCGGGAUUUCGAGGAUGUUAAGGAGUGUAAAGCGCCGAAGCCGUAUUACGACACUUAG